AUUUCAGUAGAGUUCUGGAGGUGUCUUUUACACCAGGUCCGCAAGUCAGGUGUCCAUCCAAGUUUAAAAACUGAAACAUUUCAAAAUCACAACAUCCAUCUUCCUACUUUUUCACUUAUAACUCCUCUUUGUUCCCCAAUCCUUAUAAAUGGAGAAACAUUUUUGGUGCCUUUUUGUUCUACAGAGCUGGACUCGGAGCCUUCCCCCUCCUCUCGUCCUCACCUGUCCUUCCCCGAGCUCUUCCACAGCAGGAACAUUUGGAAGAACAUCUGUGUGCUCGGCUUCACCUCCUUCAUCUCUCACGGCAUCAGUCAUUGCUACAGCUCCUUCCGAAGUGACGUCAGAGGCAACGCCCCCAGCUUCUACUGGACGUACCUGUUGUCGGUAUGUGCGGGUGGCGGUGCCUGGCUCCUGCUGUGGGCAACGGUGAACAGGUGUGGUCGCCGUGGCAUCCUGCUCCUGUUCAUGACGAUGACGGGUUUGGCCUCUCUGAUCCUUCUUGGGCUCAUGGAGUACCUCAGUGAGACAGCUAUCACAGUUUUCUCAGUUCUGGGACUGUUCUCCUCUCAGGCCACCGCCUCACUCUGUAUCCUCUUUACUGCAGAGAUCAUGCCCACCAUUAUCAGAGGCAGUGGUGUGGGCACCGUCCUCGCCCUGGGCUGCGUAGGACGCCUCAGCUCGCCGCUCAUGGACCUGAGGAACCACUACGGCUACUUCCUCCACCAUGUAGUCUAUUCCUCUCUGGCCCUGCUGGCCGUGCUGUCCAUACUGCUGCUUCCCGAGAGCAAGAGGAAACCGCUGCCACAGACGCUGGGCGACGGCGAGCAGUACAGACGCCCACCGCUGGGGCGGAGGAGGAGGGACAAUGUGCCGCUCCUGGCAACACCCAACCCAGAGACUUAGGAAGACACGGAGGGUGGACUGUGCUGACAUUAGUCAGUGUGUCUGACAGGACCCAGACGGAGGAACAACGAGGCCGAUGUCUCCUGAGUCAACCUUCAGUUUUCUUUGUCUUUCUGUUCACGUGUGUGUUAUUGUGUCACACCCACCCACACACACACACACACACACACACUCUAUGUUUAGCAGCACCUCUUUCUGUGACAGACACUGUUCCUCCACUCUGUGUGCCUGUGGCAGAGAUGUCAGCUGCUGACGCUCCACACGUGACAAAUCCCUGACACUAGCUUUGUGUUGUUCUUCGCGAGCGUCAACAUACAUGCCUAGAAUAUUUUUUUGUUGUGCGUUGUGCGCGACGGCGCAAAGGGUUUUCAGAAUUUUAGAAGAAAAUGAAGGUUUAGCUUUGAUGUCUCACUACAGUUAGGAACCAACCCUGACGAUCGUUGUAACACCUCUGGAGUUGUAGGAUUAGUUUCUUUAUAUUGUCACACUGUUGUGUUUCAAAAAUGUUUGCAUGGUUGCAGAGAAGCUGAGUGGAGGUUUUUGGUUUUUUUUUUUGAUUUUGAGAAAUGAAGGUCCGUUUGAGCAGUCUUUAAAUUUAAAGAGACACUUUUCCAAGGCAAAAAACAUACAGCAACACAAAAGGCCUUAAAUCUGAAUAAUCACUUUGUUCUCAGUGUGUGGCAACAGUUACUUAGUCUGACCUGGAGUCAGUUGUAUUUAUAAAUUGUAGUUGUUAAUAAGAGCCAUUGAUAUAACUGAUCCAGAGGCUAGAUGUUUUUGGUACUAAGCUCAGCGUUCUUAAAUUAGUUUGAUAUGAUGCAGCAUGAAGGAAACCAUCCAAUCGGGGAUGUUUCAUUCCUACCUGCAUGUUCGGAGGAUCCUAAAGGGCUUGUUUCUCUUUCUCUCAUAUUUCAGUAUUUUUUUUUAAUUCCAACCAUUGCUGUAAAAAAACAAACAAAACUACCGCAAGCGAGAAGACCAGCAGUAACUUGUGCGAGGAAAUAAUUUGUUUUUGUCGAGACUUGUUACAUGACGAUUCUCUGAAGUGCACGUUUUUCGAUGCUGGGGAAUCGAAACCUGUGAUAAAAUGUGCGACUGGAAGCUGCUGCAGGAGCCGAACUGUCAACUGAACCCCUCAGUCCUCCUCACUGUCUCCUCUGCUGACUCCCAUAUCUGUUCUGAACUGCUGGUUUGUCCUCGCCCAGGCGUCUCCUGGACGAGGUGAAGAGGAUGCUGAGUAUAUGAUUUAUGGAGCUGCUAAAAGUUUCUCUCUUUGUCUGUCUGCCUUUUGAUAGUUUUUUUAAUUUUUAAUUUCCACUGUGUUGCACUCAACAUGUGAAAAAAACCCUAACUAAAACUAAUACAUUGAUUAAUAACUUGGCUUGAGUAAUAUUAUAUUUGACAACACUGAUCUCUGUGUUCAGUGCUGCGUGUGAUGCUGUAAACUCUAUAGCCAUGUACAAAAAAUAAACUUGUAUUAUAAACAGGU